AUGGCGGGACUUGUUAGAUAUAUACCCAAAGGCUCGCUGUGGCUCUGUCCGAUGUUUUUAAUCGGCUCAGAUCUCAUCACCAACUUUUAUGGCGGUGACAAAGGACGGUCUACUGUUUCUCGUCGUGUAAACCGCAAAAGUAAGAAAAUGCUAGCGUCACACACGCACCGGUCCCGGCGUCGGGCUCACAAAAGCGACGAUCCGAAUUUAAGUCAUGGUAAUUUACAUCAAAUCAGUGAAUUCAACUGA